CACCUAUCUAGCUUGACCACCCCUGUCUCAGUUCAGUGGAGUUCAGUCAACCUGCCCCACGCUUCCCGGUUGCAUCUCGCCACUCCUGCGCAGCGAGUCGUGCCGUGAACGCGAUCCACGGUACACUAUCAAGAUGCAGUGUUUCAUCUGCGUCACGUACAUGAUAAUCUUAUGCAGCGCAAACCCAACAAAAACUCGGGAAAUAGCCACAACCCACGAGAAGCGGUCAUUGUUCCGUGACGUCAUAGAAUCUUUGAGAAUCCACUCUCAACUGCCUGAGGACAUAAAUCAAAAUGAUGAGAAUAAUCUGUCUCAAAACUACGUCAGAUAUGGAUAUGAGAACGAACCCUCUCAUUUGCCAAGUGACGCUGAAUAUAUACCAAGGAGAAACGAUAGGAUUGAAAUGCCAUCAAUGAAAUACCGCUUUCCUAAAAGCAUUGACAUUAACUCAACUGACGAAAUGAAAUCCAGAGAAGAAGUGGUAGUAUAUAUAGAUACAAACAAAUACAAACAUACUACAACAAAGCCUAAAAAGGACAAACGCCCACGACCACCAACUGUUUCUUAUAAUAAAAAUAAGAACCAAAAUAAGAAUAAAGGAGAAGAGGAUGAUGUUGACUUAGAAACUGAUUCGGAUACUGAUACGGAGAGUAACCCAAGUGAUUAUAUUCCUUGGACUAAUACAAUGGCUGGACAAAGCCACAUUGGCCACAGGGACUCGCAAACAGUACUGAAACCAACAGUCAUUGUGAACAUUCGCGGUACAGUUUCUAAUAAAGAUAGUGACAUCAGAAUCGAAGGGAGAGAAGAACCUGCAAAUAGAACGGAGCCACAACAAAACAUUUUCAACAUAAACCAAGAGAUUAAAAUCGAAAAAGACGGAGGUAAGAAAAAACCUUCAAACACAAAGCAAGAAAUAUCAAUGGUUGACACUAAAAAGGAAAGAUCUAAAAUUGAAGAAGAUAUGAUGAUGUGUGAAACAGCUUCGUGGAAACCAGAAGAAAAUCAGGAGCCUCGCAAAUUCGAUAGUGUUUUGCAAAUUCUGUUCUCUAUUUAGAAUAUAUUUUUUGAAAAAGUGUUCAUUCCAAUGCAUGAUAGUUUAAGAAAUGAGUAAUGAUUGUGAUAAACUUAAAAUGUUAGUGAUAGCUAUGCUCAAUAACGAUUUGUCUUAAACCUUUUAACUUUCAAUUAAGAUAACUUCAUCUAUGUUAAGUCUUAAUUCAUGUAUUUAAUAAAUA